AUGUUUAUACGCUGUUUAAUAUUUGUAACUAGUCUUUUAUUUGUUCUUACAAAUGCUCAAAAUGAUAAUAAAGCUAAACAAUCACCAAUAAAUAUUGCCGUUGUUGAACAUGAAUCAAGCAAUUCUAUUGCUAAUGAUACUACUGAUCAAUCAUGGCAAACAACCACUGAAAGGACAUUAAUUCGAGUAACACGUCUUGAAACAAAAACUGACCAACCAAAGAUAAAUAAACGCGAACGACGUCAAGUUAUUGAAGCAAUACAAACUGCUGGCUUUGUUAUUAAUGUCGCCAAAGCAAUGCAAAAUACAGAAAGUGGUGAAGAAAUUUUGGGCAUGGCAAAAAAGGUGGCUAUUACAGUGAUAGUUAUUGUUUCCUUAUGUAUCGUCUGCUGUUUGGUUACAACAGUAGUUAUUUGUGUUCGUUGUUGCUGUGGAAAUAAUAAUAAUCGGAAACGAAAUCAAGGUCCAACAACUAUUCAAGUUCCACAACCUAUUUAUGUUCAUACAGGUCCAUCAGGUUAUCAACCUCAAUAUUAUCAACAACACCCUCCUCAACAAUGGAAUCCUGCGAAUAUGCAAAUAUCUGAAAGUCGUCCAAUGUUACCUCAACCAAGUGCACCACCACAAUCAGAUCAAUAUUAUCAUACUGAACAUCCACCUCCACCAUAUGAAAAACUUUAUACAGGUGUAUAA